GGUGAUGCUGCAGCCAAGAUGGCGCCAGCGGCGGCCGCGGCUACCUGAGCGGAAUGCUCCCUGUCCUUGGCGGCCGCGGUGGCGGAUGUGGCCUCGGCAGGGGCUUCAGGUCUGUCCCAGGCGUGAGUGCUCACGCGCCUCUCCUCCGGCCGGGUUAAACCAGACAAAGAGGAGACGGCCACGAAGAGAGGAGGCAGUGAGGAACGGAGAAAGAGCGCGGCGCCCCCCGCUUCGGCACCAUGGCUGGGCUCAUCAAGAAACAGAUCCUGAAGCACCUCUCCAGAUUUACCAAAAAUUUAUCUCCUGACAAGAUAAAUCUAAGUACCCUUAAAGGAGAAGGUGAACUGAAGAAUUUGGAGUUGGAUGAAGAGGUGCUCCAGAAUAUGUUGGAUUUGCCAACAUGGCUUGCUAUCAACAAAGUUUUUUGUAAUAAAGCAUCUAUUAGGAUACCAUGGACAAAACUGAAAACACAUCCCAUCUGUUUGUCCUUGGAUAAAGUAAUAAUGGAAAUGAGUACAUGUGAAGAACCACGAACCCCAAAUGGCCCAUCACCAAUUGCAACUGCUUCAGGACAAAGUGAAUACGGCUUUGCUGAAAAAGUAGUUGAGGGAAUUACUGUUUCUGUAAAUUCCAUUGUCAUCCGCAUUGGAGCAAAAGCCUUCAAUGCAUCCUUUGAACUUUCCCAGCUACGGAUCUAUAGUGUAAAUGCAAACUGGGAACAUGGAGAUUUAAGAUUUGCCCGUAUUCAGGAUCCACAGAGAGGAGAGGUUUUGACCUUUAAGGAAAUAAAUUGGCAGAUGAUUCGAAUAGAGGCAGAUGCUACCCAAAGCUCACAUCUUGAAAUUAUGUGUGCUCCUGUUCGAUUAAUAACCAACCAAUCAAAAAUCAGAGUCACACUUAAAAGAAGAUUAAAGGAUUGCAAUGUCAUUGCAACAAAGUUAGUUCUAAUGCUGGAUGACUUAUUAUGGGUUUUAACGGAUUCCCAGUUGAAGGCUAUGGUACAAUAUGCAAAAUCUCUUAGUGAAGCAAUAGAAAAAUCAACAGACCAAAGGAAGAGUAUGGCUCCUGAACCUACACAGAGCUCUACAGUAGCCCCAUCUACCCAGCAAGUGAAGACACCACAGACUUCAAAUGCUCCUGAUAUAAAUGAUGCAAUUGUGAAACUAUUCAGUGACUUUGAUGUUAAAGAAACCUCCCAUCAUUUAGUGAUUUCUCAUCUAGAUCUACACAUAUGUGAUGAUAUUCAUGCUAAAGAAAAAGAGUCAAACAGACGUAUUACUGGAGGGGCUAUGCAACUGUCUUUUACACAGCUAACUAUAGAUUAUUAUCCUUAUCACAAAGCAGGAGAUAGUUGUAAUCAUUGGAUGUAUUUUAGUGAUGCAACGAAAAUAAAAAAUGUUUGGGCCAACGAGUUGUUACAUGAAUUUGAGUGCAACGUUGAAAUGCUUAAACAGGCUGUAAAGGAUCAUGAUGUAGGUUCACCUCCUAAAUCCCCAACACAUGCCUCUCCCCAGCACACACAAACAGAGAAAGACUCAACUCUGAAAGGGACUUCCAAAGCGCCUACAGUGUUACCUCAACAAUCCAAAGUUAAGUUAAUGUCUAGUUCUGUUGUGGUUAGACUUGCAGAUUUCAAUAUAUACCAGGUCUCUACAGCAGAACAAUGUCGUUCUUCCCCCAAAAGUAUGAUUUCUUGCAAUAAAAAAUCCCUGUAUCUUCCACAAGAAAUGUCAGCUGUCUAUAUAGAAUUCACAGAAUAUUACUAUCCAGAUGGAAAGGAUUUUCCAAUUCCAUCUCCCAACCUUUAUAGCCAGCUGAAUGCACUACAGUUUACUGUGGAUGAAAGAAGUAUUCUAUGGUUAAAUCAGUUUCUGUUGGAUUUGAAACAGAGUCUUAAUCAGUUUAUGGCUGUGUACAAGUUGAAUGACAAUUCAAAAUCUGAUGAGCAUGUUGAUAUUCGAGUUGAUGGCUUAAUGCUAAAGUUUGUCAUUCCUUCUGAAAUGAAAUCUGCAUGUCAUCAAGAUCAACCACAUGCAAUUUCUAUUCAGAGUUCAGAAAUGAUUGCUACAAAUACAAGAUACUGUUCAAACUGUCGACAUUCUGAUUUAGAAGCUUUGUUUCAAGACUUCAAAGAUUGUGAUUUUUUCAGUAAAACAUAUACCAGUUUCCCCAAAUCUGGUGACAAUUUUAAUCUUCUGCAUCCAAUCUUCCAGAGACAUGCUCAUGAACAAGAUACCAAACUGCAUGAAGUUUAUAAAGGAAAUGUUACUCCUAAGUUGAAUAAAUACACUCUUAAAACUUCUGCUGCCACGGAUGUUUGGGCUGUGUACUUUUCUCAAUUUUGGAUAGAUUAUGAAGGGAUGAAAAGUGGAAAAGGACGACCAAUAAAUUUUGUAGAUUCUUUCCCUCUUUCCAUCUGGAUUUGUCAACCAAAAAGGUAUGCAUUGUCACAAAAAUUGCUGCAGACUUGUAAUCAGAUAUCUCUAAAUACAUCACAAAGUGAGUCUAGUGAUCUGACUGGCCGAUGGAAGCGGAAAAAGCUCUUGAAGGAGUAUUAUAGUACAGAGUCUGAUCCCUUGACAAAUGGUAGUCAGAAACCUUCAGAUACAUUUUUAAGAUUUUCCUCUUCAUCAUCAGAUGCAGAUAUUCAUGUCCUGGUUCACAUUCAUAAACAUGUCAGUAUGCAGAUCAAUCACUACCAGUAUCUGCUCCUGCUUUUCCUCCAUGAGUCACUUAUUUUGCUUUCAGAGAAUUUAAGGAAAGAUGUAGAAGCUGUGACUGGCAAUCCAGCUAGUCAGACAUCCAUUUGCAUUGGAAUUUUACUUAAAAGUGCGGAAGUGGCUCUUUUGCUUCAUCCGGUAGAUAAAGCAAAUAGUCUUAAGUCUCCUGUUUCUGAAAGUGUGAGUCCAGUGGUUCCUGAUUAUUUGCCUACAGAAAGUGGAGAAUUUUUGUCUUCAAAAAGAAAACAAGUUAAUAGUGGUAUAAAACAAAUUAGAAGUGUAACUGUUAAUCAUAUGUCAGACAACAGAUCUAUGAGUAUUGACCUUAGCCAUGUCCCUUUGAAGGAUUCUUUGCUUUUUAAAUCAGCUAGUGAUACAAAUCUGCAGAAAGGUAUUUCUUUUCUGGAUUAUUUAUCAGAUAAAAAUUUAGGGAAAAUAAGCGAAGAUGAAAGUAGUGGAAUUGUUUGCAAAAGUGGCUCAGGAGAAAUUGGAUCAGAAACAAGUGGCAAAAAGGAUUCGUCUUAUACAGAUUCAAAUAGUGUCUUAAACUACAGAGAAGACUCAAGUAUCCUGUCAUUUGAUAAUGGUGGUAAUCAGAACAUACUUUCAAAUAGUUUAACUAGUAAAGGAAAUGAAACCAUAGAGUCAAUCUUUAAAGCUGAAGAUUUGCUUCCAGAAACAGUUUCACUCUCUGAGAACAUGGAAAUCAGUAAAGAAGAAGCACCCACAGUCAGAACACCUACAUCACAGUCAUCUUUAAGUAGAAAGCCUAAGGAACGUUGCCCACCCAACAUGGCUCCGCUCUCUGUUUCUUACAAGAACAUGAGAAGAAGCCCCUCACAAACCUCACUGGAUACCAUUUCACUUGACAGCAUGAUAUUGGAAGAACAUUUGUUAGAAAGUGAUGGAAGUGAUAGUCAUAUAUUUUUGGAAAAAGGUAUUAAAAAGAACUCAACUACAAAUUACCAGAGCCCAGCAGAUCGGGCAAAUGCCAGUGCAAACCUACAGAAUUAUGGUGAAACCUCUCCAGAUGCCAUCAGUACAAAUUCAGAGGGUGCUCAAGAAAAUCAUGACGACCUGAUGUCAGUUGUGGUGUUUAAAAUUAUUGGUGUUAAUGGAGAAAUUGACAUCCGAGGGGAAGAUAUGGAAAUCUGUCUUCAAGUAGACCAAGUGACACCAGAUCAGUUAGGCAAUAUCAGUCUACGGCAUUACCUUUGUAAUCGUCCAGUAGGUUCAGAUCAUAAAGCUGUAAUUCAUUCUAAAUCCUCUCCUGAGAUUACUCUGAGAUUUGAAAGUGGGCCUGGAGCUGUAAUACACUCUUUGCUUGCAGAAAAGAAUGGCUUUCUGCAGUGCCAUAUAGAAAACUUUAGCACUGAGUUUCUUAUAUCUUCUCUUAUGAAUAUUCAACAUUUUUUGGAAGAUGAAACUGUUGCAACAGUGAUGCCAAUGAAGAUACAAGUUUCUAACACAAAAAUAAAUUUAAAAGAUGACAGUCCUCGUAGUAAUACAGUAUCCUUUGAACCAGCUCCUGUAACUGUUCAUAUUGAUCAUCUUGUGGUAGAGAGAAAUGAUGAUGGCUCUUUUCAUAUCAGAGAUUCUCAGAUGCUUAACACUAGAAAUGAUUUGAAAGAAGAUGUCAAAAGUGAUUCAGUGCUGCUUACCAGUGGAAAGUGUGAUCUGAAAAAACAACACAGUGUCACUCAAGCCACUCAGACGAGCCCAGAGGUUCCUUGGCCUUCUCAGUCAGUCAACUUUCCUGAGUGCUCCUUUGACUUUACUAGGGAACAGCUCAUGGAAGAGAAUGAAUCUCUUAAACAGGAAUUGGCUAAAGCUAAAACAGCUCUUGCAGAGGCUCAUUUGGAAAAAGAUGCUCUUCUCCAUCAUAUAAAGAAGAUGACAGUUGAAUAGCAGGAGUGGCAGUCAGAAACUCAAAUUAUAGCUCUGGAGUAUGGUGGUUAUAUUUAUAAUGUGAUGUUUCCAAUUAGUGGAAGACUUUCCUUUUCAUGAAAAGACAAUAAAAUGAAAUAGAAUGUGAUGAAGUGGUGACUAUUCCAAAGCCAGUUUAGAAAAUAUUAGGUACGGGCAUUACAACCUUUUGGUUGUUUUGUGUUUUGGGGUUUAAACCCUCUUUUAAACUGGUGUGAUAUAGGGAAGUCAAUGCAUACUGUAAAAUAAUUACCUGCCUAAUGAAUAGAAGAUGUCAUUUCCUAAUUUUGAUAUUACAUUAUAGGCAUUUUUUUAAAGAAAAAUUAAAAUCUAUGUGUUCCCACUAUUUAUCACUAUUUGUUAAUAAUUUACUAUUAUUUACAAAGAUUCAGAUGCUUUUAGGGCUAAUGUAAAAUAAAAGGAGGCUUACGUUUUAAAUGUUAUUAAAAUUAUGUACUUAAAUCUAUAUUUAAUUACUGUAAAAAAACGUCCAAUCAAAUUAAUAAAUAUCUAAUGGCUCGGUUUGAAAAUUCUAGAAAAUCAUUGCCCUACUGCACUUA